AACUUAACAACGAAGAAAUGUCGCAACUCGUCACCGCCGUUCGCGCUGACCCAUCAAACACGUCAGUCGCAUCAGUGACCCGGAAGUGUUCUUUUAAAGGUCGCGAAUGCCCGCGCCAAGCCCCCGGAUGCACUACCUUUUAACUGCGCGCACUGAUAUUUUUUUCCGGAGACGAGUAUGUCUGUAGUUCGAAGCCACCUCCUUUGUAAUUUGGACGCAUUGGCGUUGAUUUUAUACGGUGAAAUCUCAGAAGAAAACAGGGUAGUGGCUUAACUCCAUGGUUCAAUGGACGACAGUUUGAAGGAGGAGAGCAGCCAGCAGAGAGAUGAGAUUUGGUGUCUGAAGAGGACAGGGCAAAAAACGGGAUGGCUGCUCUUGCAGGACAACGCGGAGGUGUCACUUGGUCGAGGACUUGAUGUCACACACCGGCUAGUAUCCCUCACCUGUCCAUUCAUGAUUUCAAGAAACCACUGCCUUCUCAAGCAGAAUGAAGAAGGCCAGUGGACUGUCACCGACAAAAAGAGUCUUAAUGGUGUCUGGCUGAACAGAAAGCGAAUUGAGUCUGACGCUGCAUGUAUGCUUAAUGAAGGAGACAUUGUUCAACUUGGAGUCCCCAUUGACAACAUGGGAGCUGAAUUUGAAUACAUUUUCACAAGGGACAAACUUCAGAAUGUUUUGCCAUUUUUGUUGAAAGCUUCAAAAGAAGAUGUGGUGGACCAGAGGAUUCAGAGCAGAAAGAGAAAGUUCCACUCGUUAGAUGAGGAACAAGUCCGAUCAGUUUAUUCAAAAGCCAAGAUAUCAAAAUCCUCUACUGAUGGCAUGUAUAAAAAGCGGCACAGUUUCUGUACAUUUUUAGCAACAUCUAGUCAUACAUGUGACUCUGAGGUAGCCGCUGGGCCAAGUGGAUGUUGUGACGGAGUUGCUGUUCUUUCAGAUGAACAAAGUACUGAGUUAAGCACUCAGUGUCACAUAAACUUUGCAAAAGAGCCCCAGUGCACAGAGCAAAGUGUGGAGGAAAGGCUGGUUACGGAGCAGCAACAAUCUGAAAAACUGAAGACUCCAAGGGAUGUAGAAGAGCAAAAGCAACAUUGUGGAAUGAGAAAUGAAAGUAAGCACUGCUACAGAGAUGUUGAUGAGAUUAUUCAGGCCAAGGAAAAAGAACUUCAAAAAACAAAGGUAGAGACAGAGAAGGCAAUAGCACAGAAAGAACAGUUUUUCACUUUAAUGACCGAUGUAUUGGAGAGUGAACUACAGUGUGCCGUCUGCUCUGAGCUGUUUAUUGAGGCUGUAACGCUGAAUUGUGCGCACAGCUUCUGCUUCAAGUGUAUAAGUGACUGGAGAAAACGGAAAGAUGAGUGUCCAAUAUGUCGUCAAGCAAUAGUGUCCCAGACAAACUCCCUUGUGCUUGAUAACUACAUUGAUCGAAUUAUUGAAAAUUUAAGUCCAGAGAUGAAGAAGAGACGGGAAAGCUUGAUCAGUGAACGGAAAGCUGAAAGGCAAACGUGACCUGGAAGCAAACCUGCCGGUUUUGUUAUGCACUAAAUGAAGAGCUCUGCUUGGGAUGGCAUCAUUGGAUGGCUGAGUUUUAGUUGACAGUGACUUUGGAAAUAAAUUGUGAAUGUGAGUAAUUAAACUAAUAAAGGGGUGAAACAGUC